AGCGAACGGUGGAACCCCAGGGGUUGGGGCAGCCGUCGGAGAGGAGGGGAUAGGGACAGGUGAGACCCUGGGGCUUCUGGGGCCGGAACCAGUCCUCGGACUCCGCAGGCCAGGCUCUGAAAAAGGUGGCAUUUGAGCAGCAUCUUGAAGGAAGCCAGGAAGAGGAAGAGGUGAAUUGAAGUGAGGAGGGAAUAGGAGAUGUUCUAGGCAUGGUGGACAACCAGUGCAAAGGCAUGAAUACAGAAGACAGAAUGUUAGAAACACACAGUUAUAUUGUUAUGUUGGUUAUCCAUACCAACCUGGCUAUAUAGGCAUCUGAGGUUGGAAGAUCUCUUGAGUUUGGAAGUGUUGAGCUGCAGUGGGGUAAGCCCAGUUGGAUGUCUGCAUUAAGUCCUCCAUCAAUAUGGUCUUCAAUCAAGAGUUGAUGACAGACAACAAGUUGUAUCCAGCACAGAUGAAAAAAUUAAGACACAUAGUAUUCUACAAUCAACAUCAAAAGGCAUGAAAGAACUUUGACUUUGUGGUCAUGAGGUCAUGUAAGAAUGUGACAUAGAUGUUAACUUCACAUAUAUUACACAUAAAUACAAUGUGGAAAGAAAUCUCAUGGACUGGGACAAAACCACUAGAAGUUCAAGGGCAUCUAGAGGUAGGAAGAGCAAGACAACUACAUCUCACCAUGAAGGUUCUCAGUCAAAUUCAAGAGCUCUGUCUAGUCAAUUGCCUUCCCAGGAACAUGGAAUUUCUGAUGGGACCCAGGAUCAUCACAAGAAACCGAAAAUGGACACCCUUAGUGCCUUAGAUGAACUACAUCCCAGCUGGCUCAGCCCCUCAAGAAACACCAAUACUUUUUCCUUGAUUGAUGAGGGGUCUUUUGAUUUAUUUCCUAAAGACUGGAGUCCUCCACCAAUUGAAUUCCUGUACCAAAAGCCCCCUGAUCCUAGUCCCUCACCACCCCCAAUCCUCCCACAGGCCUUAGAGGAGAACACAGAGAAUAAUAUGGCCCUUGCCACAGGAAAACUAGAGGCAACUUCGGAGCAAGAUAGAGAAAAUGCUAUGGUGUUAGAAUCCACAGACUUAAGUCAGUCUCCAAAGACAAGUCUUAAAGAUGCUGACCACCAUGAGACUUUAUCAUACGCCCAGGAAUUGCCAUUCCUAACCCAUUCUGGUAGCUGCCUUUCAGAGUCCUCAUAUGGUCUGAAUGAGGAGUCCCUGCAGCUGGACUCAGAACCAGAGGAAGAAUUGGUGACACUGGAGGAGCUAUUCCAAAACAUGGCAGCCCCUGGUCAAAGGAUCGCAGCACCAGCAUUUGAACCCCACGAUUCACUUGACUUCAGGAACUCAGAUUCAUAUGUCAAUAGUUUAGAUUGCUUGCUACUGGAUAAAAGGAAUCAGAUCCUGGGACGAGAUGAUUGGGAGAAUUCAUUUCUGGGAGGUGACUCUGCUCUUGCUCCCUUGAAGAACUUUGAAGAUGAUUAUGGAAUACUUACACCUGAGCAUAGGUUGCUAGUAGAGAAAUUUUGUGUGAAGCUAUAUAUGAUCCCAACACUUCAUCCAGGUGAAGUUGUGUUUUUGUCACAGAACCACCUGCCCUGCACCCUCGACUGUACCAACCUGGUACCUCAGAAUAGUCUAGAGGAGCUCUUUUUCAGCUCCACAUUUGCACAGCAGAUCUCCUUCCUAAACAGAGGGCUCCUUGGUUAUCUCUAUCUGCAGACUCCCAGCUGCCCUGUCCCAGUUCUUCAGUGGCUAUUCCAGCUACUGGCAUGGCCGAUAGAGACUUCAGCAGGAGCCUUCCGUGUCCUCUGGAAUCUCAGUAUGGAUGGACUCUCCCGGCGAGCUGGUGGCGAUAACACCUUUGUGUGGUGCCCCAAACUACAAGAGAUUAUCAUGACCUUUCAGAGUUUGGGAGCAAGAGGCUCUAACUUAUAUCUCAAAGCAUCUCUUCAGCCUAUGCCCUCUCUCCAUGAUAGGAGGGUCCAUGAGACUGCUAACGGUAUGAGUUCAAGAGAGCAAGAAGGCUCUACACUAGAGACUGAGCUGGAAACUAACCUUAGUUACAUCUGUAAGUUCCUGACGUUGUGUGUGAUGGCCCAACCGGGUGCUUACACAGAUGGAGAACUGCUCAACCUAAUGUAUCUAAUAUGCAGAGCCAGUCUCGAUAGACAGUUACGGCUGCUCCCCAGCACUGACCUCCAGCAGCUCUUGCUCAUGUUACUUGAAGAUGUUAAAGACUGGUCAGAGAAGCUCCCAGAGCUGUGCUGCAUGUUGAGCUGGGUGUCUGAUCACCAUCACAACCUGUUGGCUGCUGUACAGCUUGUCCUGGACGUUACUACCCGUGGCAGGCAGCUUCGAGGCCGACUCAGCCUUGUGAUCAUUGCCCGACUCCUGGGACAGAUGGAGGUCCUCCCCCUCUGCAAGGAGACAGCCCAGCUGUCCUUGCUCUGCCAUCUCCUGGGCCUCAUGAAACCAUCUUCCUUGGGGCAAUACUUGUCUGCCUCCUCACCAGGCUUGCAAAACCAGAAGCAACAGCUAGAAGUCAACACGGAGCUGGAUCAAGAGGUCUGCUAUCUGUGCCAUACCCUCCUGACACUGGCUGGCAUGGUUGUGAGUAGCCAGAGCAUCACAACGGACAAAUGGGGUGAGUUGCAACAGCUGUGCGUGCAGUUGGAAAGGCAGGUCACCACCCACAUCCAUGAGAGCCCUCAGGCCAUGUACCGGACCAAACUCAAGGACCUGGCAGCCCAGAUGUAUAUCCGCUGGCAGGAGCUCCUGACCCAGUGCAGACCUCAGGACCAGUACUACAACCCCUGAAAAGAACCCUAAAGUGGAGCUGGGAUGGAGAUGGCACUGAAGCUUUUUGGCUCAGACAGGAAGACUCAUAGAGGAAUUGGCCCCCCAGGGGAAAUGGAAGAGGCAACAGAGAAGUCACAGGAGCCAGAAGAGGACCAAGGUCCCAGCCCUGUGGAGCAAGCAUCUACAGCAUCAGCGGAUAACCAAGCUUCCAUCCCUGACCUACCCUGAGGAACUCUGCCUCUCAUUCCUCUGUCCCAACUUCCCUUACUAUAUAAUUCAGUCUUCUCCUGUUUACCCACGUGUUUACAUCUUUCAGCCCCACCCUGGCCCCUUUUCUGAUCCAUCCCAGUUUCUAAUCCUUUCUGUUUGAGAUUAGGUUCCUGUUUGCACUUUAAAGUCUUAUUUCAGCA